AUGAUUGAAGAAAUUACGAGCGCCGUGAACUUUAUUUCGAAUUUGCUUCGCACUCGCGAAGUACCAGCAGAUAUUUUAGAGGAUUUUUGUACGGAACUCGAUUCCAGACUAAACGAACGAUACGAGAAACACUGGUUUCCAGAACAUCCGUGUAGAGGCAAUGGUUUUAGGUGUAUGCGAAUCAACAUUCUGAAUAUGGACCCAAUAAUCCUACAAUCGGCAAUCGCCGCUGGCAUCCCACGGAAUCGCCUCCAGAAACUUCUUCCUAGUGAGUUAACUAUAUGGGUAGACCCUUUCGAAGUGUCUUAUCGUAUUGGUGAAGACGGUUCCAUUUGUACAUUGUUCGAUAGUGAGAGUUCAUCCAGAUCAUCGUCAACUUGCAGUAGUCCUACGUCGGAUAUCGAUAACCAUUACAUUAUUCAGGACUGCAAGACGCAAAUGCGUUCGAGGAAGCGGGUCGACUACAAUUUCAACGGCCCCAUUGAGGUGAAGUAG